GUCGUUUACAGCCAACUAUAUAAUUCAUUUAUAAGUUUGCAGAAAUACGCCGUUAGAAAAAAAUGGGAGAGGACUUUAUAACAUUAAAUACGGGAUACAAGAUGCCAACCAUGGCGAUGGGAUAUUGGUGUGUGUCGCCAGAUGAUGCCCGAACUUCUACACGCACAGCAAUCGAAUGUGGAUACCGGCAUAUAGACAGUGCUUGGAUGUAUGGGAAUGAGAAAGAGAUCGGAGAUACUUUGCAAGAAUUAUAUAAAGAGGGAAAAGUGAAGCGCGAAGAGAUAUUUAUAACAACCAAAUUGUGGGCACAAUUCAAUGACCCAAAAGAUGUGAGAAAGGGUUUUAUGGAAAGUUUGAACAAAUUGCAAACCGACUACUUGGAUUUAUUCUUGAUUCACCUCCCAUGUGCUUUGCCGAAAGCAGCUGAUCCAUUUCCACAAGACGAGAACGGAACUUACCUUCACGAUAAUGGAGUUCAUUACGCGGAUACCUGGAAGGAGGUCGAGAAGUUACAAAAGGAAGGUUUAGUUCGAAGCAUCGGGAUUUCUAAUUUCAACGAAUACCAGAUAAACCGAAUAUUGAAAGAUUGCUCGAUUAAACCUGCUGUUCAUCAAAUUGAAUCUCAUCCGUACUUAGCUGAUGUGAAACAUAUAGAAUUCUGUAAAAGGAAUGGAAUUGCUGUCGUGGCGUACGCAGUGCUGGGUUCGAAAACAAGAUUUUGGGCUGCCGACAAAGACCCGAUUGUUCUUGAGGAUCCCGUGUUAAAAUCAAUUGCAGAAAAACGAGGGAAAUCUGUCGCUCAAAUAGCAAUCAGAUUUCAAAUACAAAGAGGAGUAGGAGCUGUUGCAAAAAGUGUGAAUCCCGAACGAAUUAAAAGCAAUUUUCAAGUUUACGACUUCAAACUGACCGAAGAUGAAAUGAAGCUGAUUUACGGUUUGGACAAAAAUUGGAGGGCGUUCGAUAUGGCAUGGUUUCUUGGCGGCCACAAAUAUUGGGCACAUCAAUCAAAUUAUUCUGAAGAUUGAAAUGAGCCACAUAUACGACUCCCGUCUAUUUAAUUAAUGACGAAUAAAUAUGAAUUUAAAUGCAAUAACUUUCAAUGCAAUGGGAAAUUACUAAAUUCUCUAUUUGAUAAUAUACCGUGAACAAAGCCUUUUUCUUCUGCAUUUAAAUAAUUUACAGUUGCAAUAACAAGCAAUAUUUUAAGCCAAUUUCACGAAAAUUUAAAUUCAUUAUUUCUUAUAUCAGUUUUCUUCAAAUAUUGAGCCAGUGAGUAGGCAUUGUUUUUAUAUGAUGCAACUGUUUUCGCAGCCAUUGACUCCACAUUUUCAAUUUCCGAUUUACAGGUUUGGUCAGCUUAAAUAUAUAUAAAAAAUAUAUAUACAUUUAAAUAAUUCAAACAUGAUUUGAAAAUAUAAUGCUUUGAUAUG